AUGGCUCCUCGGUUGUGGGCCACUGAUCGUCAGGCGGCUCUGUUGAGCUCGUUCAUCUCCGAGCAUCAGGACCGCCAGCGCGAACACAAGCUCACUUACUUCUGGCCCAAGCUCUUUACUGCUUGGUUCGCCGAAUUCCCCGAACGGCAGGCACGGUUCCCUGAUGUGUCCAUCGACCAACCCCUAUCUGAGGAGCAAAACAAGGCGUUAGGGAAAGCGAUCACAGAUCGGAAGAAGCAGCUGAAGAGUUGGUAUCAGAAUCGGUCGGGACAGAAGGCGCGCAGAGCCAGGGCCAAACCAAAGGUCGACCUCAACAUUUUCAAGCCAUCGAAGAAGCGUUCUCUUGCCCCGCACGAACUCUACAGCCAGAAGUACUACGACGAGAAGAUCAAACCCCUCGUGCAGCCACGCAUCGACUCCGGCGAGAUCCAGGCGAACGAACGCUUGAAGUAUGCGGUCGAGACCGCGAAGACGCUCUUCGCGCAGGAACCCGUUGAAGUGCAGGAGAAGAUCAAGGAGGAGGCGGCAGCACUGAAGGCUGCCAGGAACGCAUUGGGAUCGCCCGAUCCCAAGGACAACAAAUUUGACGUCCAUCGCGUGCAGGCCGUCGUAGACGACACGGGAGCCAUCUUCACGCAAUUCUUCGACAGCCUGCGCAGCAAGACGUGCGACAGCUGGUUCUACUUCACGCUCGCGGCCGGCAUCAACCCGGAUGGAGGCAACAAGGUCGAGCUCUACACGCACAACUCCGGAAUGGCCGCGGGGAACGUCCCGUUCAGCAGGGCACAUCCAGAGGCCGUAAACGUUGUGGCUAAGGCAUUUCUGGAGUGGGUGAAGCUGGCUAUGCCUCCGGAGGUCUAUGCAAGCUUGAAGGAAGACCAGGACGACCACGCCGAGAAAGACGAGGGAGAAGUGGAGCAGGAUGCUGAGGAAGAGGAGGUUGAAGGCGAGGACAAAAGCGAGGACGACGAUGGAGAGGAGGCUGGGGAUGAAGACGAGGACGGGGAUGAAGACGAGGACGAGGACGCCGAAGAUGAGGGCAAUACUGAAGACGAUAGGGAAGUGGUUUCACGCGUCGAAGACGAGGGCAGCGACGGACAGCAGGCGUCUGCUCGUAGUGGAGACCUAGCCUCAUUCGCUCCCGCCACAGACCUCGGAACGGCAGAAGCCGUGGACGUAUCCGCGACGAGCACAGCGACCACCUCGCCUGCUGCGCCAGUGUCGACACUGACGCCAACGUUACCCAUGUCUAUGCCCACGCCUCCUUCGCCCAUCGACACUGCCUCUACGUUUGAGGUUGGCCCUUCGGCUACCGGCGACUUCAUGUCCGCCCCGACGUUCUCUUGGCCGUCGGAUGCGGCUGCUGGCCCGUUGGACGCACCACUCCCGCCUCAGUUCGACAGCAAUUAUUAUGCGUUGUUACACAGUACGCCUAACUUCUCAAACCAGAUGGGACCGUCUUUUGGACCCCCGAUGGAGGCGUUGCCCGUCGACUUUGAUACCGCCUCGUUUGCUGCGCCCGGUGGGCCUCAGUCCUUUUCCGCGGCCCUUGCGGACGCUGUCCAGCCUGACGCGACGUACGACUAUGCCGGGAUGGGUCUCAUGCCUAAUCUAGGCAGGGCUGGAGCGAUGCAAGGUGGAUUCAACCCACUCUCGUUCGCUGGGAACCUGUACAAUCCUUCCAUGAUCCCUGCAUCAUACCAUCCGGGCAACGUGCUGGACCCCGCCGCGAUGCUCCUCCAUGCCCAGCAGCAGUCGCUCUGGUUUAAUAACGUCCCGCGCAUGCCACCUGCUUCCUUCCCUAUCUCUGCGUGCACCACACCGUCGCUGCCAUCGGCGUCCUUCAAUCCUUCUGCCUCAGCUGUCUCGCCUGCGCCCGCUCCUGCCGCCGUCUCUGUGCCGCCGGCCUCUGUCACCGCCGCCGUCAUCCCUGCGUCGUCUGUUGGCGACUUGGAGAAGCAGGUACUGCAGAACACUACGCUAUCUACCGUCAACGGCGCCUCGUCUCAUUCGGCUACCUCAGCAACCCCAGAAAUAUGUGAAAGCCAUGCCCCCGUUGUGCCGCCUGCGUCCGUCGACACCGCUAUCGUCGACGAUGGGACCGGCGCUCCUGGCGCGCGUCCUCAACGUGCCCACCGCCUCCCUGAUCGUUUCCGUGACGGUGAUGGUCCUGUCCCUGUGCACAAGAAGGAUAAUGUGGCAGUUAGCAAGGAGAACCUGCCGACGAAGGGCAAUGCAGCGGGGCCGAAGAAAAGGAAGGCCGUGGGCGAUACAGGUGCAAGCACGGCUGCACCUCGUAAGAAGAAGGUACGUACUAAGGCGUAG